GACCGCAAUGCAGUCCGACAAGCGCUUUGAGUCGGUCGUCGUCACCGGUGGCUGUGGCUUUUACGGUUACCAUUUUAUUCGGCGCAUCCUCGAACUUGAACCAACUUGCGCCGUAACAGUCUUGGAUAUCGACAUUUCAGAGAAAGCAUUUCCCAAUUCCCAUUACCACCAAUGCGACAUAUCCGACAAAUCCCGCUUGCGAGAGAUUUUCGAGCACCUGAAACCGCCGCCACGCAUUGUUAUUCAUGCCGCAUGUCCUUCGAGUAUUGUCCGCAAUGACGAACGCUUCUGGAGGGUGAAUGUAGGCGGCACCGACAGCCUACUAGAGCUUUCGCGCUCAGUCGGCGUUAAGGCCUUUGUCUUCACCUCUUCUUCCGGCGUCGUCCACGAUAAUGAGACCGACCUCAUUGAGGCCGACGAGACUAUGCCUAUCCUUAGACCGCCGCAACAGAAGACGGUAUACACGUACACGAAGGCCGUCGCUGAAGAGCACGUGCUUGCCGCCAAUCGAAAGGGGGGGAUGUUGACCGUAUCCCUCCGAUCGUGCACCACAUUUGGUCCGCACAACCCUGCAUUCACAGGAAGGAUGGUCACUCUAGCCAAGUCUGGCAAAACUCGCUUUCAAAUGGGAGACGGCAAUAUAUGGGAUUUCAUGUACAUUGGAAACAUGGUGCACGCCUGUCUCCUUUCUGUUGAACGCCUACUACAGGCUUCGGACGCCCCGCCAUUACCCACUGACCAACGUGUGGAAGGCGAGGCCUUUAUGCUCGCUGACGGGGAGCGCAUGACGUUCUGGGACUUUCCGCUGGCUGUUUCCGCCGCUAUGGGCAAGCCAGUGAAGCCGGAAGAGAUCCGCAAGAUCCCCAAGUUCAUUGCCCUCAUUACCUGCUUUUUGUCUCAGUGGGGUGUGUGGCUGUUUUCUCUCGGUCGCAAACAAUCUGUCAUGGUUCGAGAGGGUGUAGUGUUUGCGUACAUCACGCGUACACUUAAUAUCAACAAAGCAACAAAAGUUCUCGGAUAUCAACCUGUGGUCAGCUUUCAAGAGGGUCUGAAAGAAACUGUGGCUUGGUACAUGGAGCAUGACAAAAAGGACCAAUGAGUGAAUAGAGGG